UUGCCCUCUGUAUAAUAAUAAUGGCGCGCGCGUAGAAUUCUUAUUGAACAUAUUAUUAAGUAGCUAGCUCCAGCUGCUUGAAGCCGAAGUAGUAAUGGCGGAUGACGACGACGACGGUUUGUCAACUGCUCCCCAUGUUGGCGGUUUCCGGCUGCGCUGGGAUGUGUUCCUAAGCUUUAGAGGCGAGGACACCCGAGAAACGAUCACCAAGAAUCUCUAUGAGACCCUCCAACGACGCGGCUUAAGGGUUUUCUUAGAUAACGACGGUUUGCACCGAGGGGACGACAUCGGGCCGACUCUACUGGAAGCCAUCGAUGACUCGGCGGCCGCCAUCAUCGUUCUUUCGCGCAGAUAUGCUGAAUCGAGGUGGUGUCUGAAAGAGCUUGCUAAGAUUUGUGAAAGCAGAAGGAGACUGAUUCUGCCUCUGUUUUACGAAGUGGAUCCCUCUCACGUUCGGCGGCAGACCGGACCUUUUGAGGAGCACUUCACAUCACAUGAGCAGGAGUUCGAUAGCGCCACGGUCUGCGGAUGGAGAACUGCCAUGACCAAAGUAGGCAAUAAAGCUGGUUAUAUCUUCGACAGCAAGAGAAAUGAAGAAGAUUUGAUUAUUCAAAGAUUAGUAAAAGAUGUUUUGGCAGAAAUGAACAAAAUACCAAUGGGUCUCACUCCGUACCCAGUGGGACUUCUUUCCCGAGUUGAAGAGGUGAUCAAGCUGUUAGAUAUCGGAUCCAAAACCGUUCAAGUUGUCGGAGUUUAUGGCAUGGGCGGCAUUGGCAAAACAACCCUUGCCAAGGCUCUUUUCAAUAGACUUGUUGGUAAAUUUGAUCACCGUAGUUUCAUCUCAAAUGUUAGAGAAACCUCAGCAGGACACGAUGAGGAGGGUUUAGUAACUCUUCAAAAUAACCUGAUUAGUGAUCUUUCCCAUGGGAAAAAGGCCAAAAUAAAUCAGACAACUGAUGGCAUCGCUACCAUCAAAGCGGUUGUGUAUGAGAAGCGAGUUCUCGUUGUUCUGGAUGAUGUUGAUAACAUCGACCAACUCAGUGCCUUAGUUGGCAAUGGACAAUGGUUUUAUGAUGGAAGCCGAAUCAUUGUUACGACGAGAGAUAGAGAACUCUUAACUAAUCAUCGUGUCGAUCAUAAGUUGUAUGAAGUCAGGGAGUUAUAUGAGUCUCAAGCUCUGGAACUUUUCAGUCACCAUGCACUGGGAAUUAAAGAGAUCCCAGCAGAUACCUUUCUGAAACUAUCUAAGCAAAUUGUGGCUCUUACUGGUGGACUACCGUUAGCUCUUGAAGUUUUCGGCUCUAGCCUGUAUGAUAAAAGGAGAGUAGAGGAAUGGGAAGAUGCUCUGCAAAAACUGAAACAGAUUCGUCCACGGAUUCUUCAGGAUGUACUGAUGAUAAGCUACGAUGCGCUAGAUGAGCAAGAGAAAUGUAUCUUUCUAGACAUUGCAUGUUUAUUUGUUAAAAUGAAGACCAAAAGAGAAGACGCAGUUGACAUAUUGAAGGGUUGUGGUUCUAAUGGUGAGAUAGUACUUAGUGUCCUCACAGCAAGAUCACUCAUUAAGAUCGCUGAAGACACUACACUGUGGAUGCACGAUCAAGUCAGAGACAUGGGAAGACAGAUAGUUACACACGAAAACAUUUCACAUCCUGGCAUGCGUAGUAGACUGUGGGAUCGAGAUGAAAUCAUGAACGUUUUCGAGCAUGACAAGGGAACACCAUCCAUACAAGGGAUUGUUCUAGACUAUGAAAUGAAAAGGAUGGUGAGUGAUCCAGGUGGUGACAUAAUUUCUUGGAAUAACUUUCGGAGAAGCCCCAAUUGUACCUCUGCAAUGACGUACCUAAAGGAAAUAUACAAAGCACAUCUUAAAAGCCAAGAAGAGGAAAAGGGAGUAGUGAAGAUUUCCUCUAAAGCUUUUGGAGCAAUGGUCAAUCUCAGGCUGCUUCAAAUGAAUAAUGUGAAAUUGGAAGGAAAGUUAAAGUUUCUUCCUGCGGGAGUCAAGUGGUUACAAUGGAAAGGUUGUCCUUUAAACUCUCUCCCUUCUGAUUAUUUACCUCGGCAACUCGCUGUCCUUGAUCUCUCAGACAGCAAUAUCACAAAGUUGUGGGGAGGAUGCAGUAUUAUGGCACUUUUCACUUGUCUGACCUGCAGUGGUGACGAAAACCAGGCGGCUGAGAAAUUGAUGUUCUUGAAUCUAAGCAACUGUAUUUACCUAACUGAAAUUCCUGAUUUAUCUGGGAAUCGGGCGCUUCAACAGCUGAAUCUUGAGCGCUGUAUUUCAUUGACUAGGCUUCAUGCCUCAAUCGGGAACUUAAACACAUUAGUCCACUUGAACUUGCGAAGGUGUUCAAAGCUUGUUGAGCUUCCAAGUGAUGUCUCUGGCCUUAGAAAGCUCGAGUACCUGAUCCUCUCUGGUUCUUCCCAGUUCAAAAAACUGCCAAACAUGGAAAGCCUGGUGUCAUUGAAAGAACUUCUCCUUGAUGACACUGCUAUAGAAAUUCUUCCCCAAUCUAUCUUCCGGCUUACUAAACUCGAAAAACUAAGCUUGAACCGGUGCAGUGUAUUAAAGGAGCUACCUGAGGAGAUUGGAAAGCUGUGUUCUUUGAAAGAAUUCUCCCUGAAUGGAUCUGCUUUGAAAAAGCUACCUAAUUCUAUUGGCUCUUUGGCAAACCUUGAGAAACUAAGUUUACUCUGGUGUAAAUCACUGACCGCUCUUCCUACAUCCAUUGGGAAACUCGAAUUCUUGAAGGAAUUAAGUACUUAUGGUACUCCACUCACAGAACUGCCUGUGACCAUUGGCCGUUUGUCAAGCUUAAGAAAACUAGAAAUUGGGGACCAAAUUCAGAGCUCAACGACUGAUUCAGUUGGAGGAUUGAGCUCAUUGCCUGAUUCAGUUGGGGAAUUGAAUUCUUUAGUUGAGCUGAAGAUAGAGCAGGCAUCAAUCAAAGACCUCCCAGAGAAGAUUGGUGAUUUGAAAACACUUGAGAAACUUGAGCUCAGGAACUGUGAACUUCUUACAUCAUUACCGGAGUCAAUUGGAAGAAUGAGGGCCCUAACUUCUAUAAUUAUAACUGCACCAAAUAUCACGGAGUUGCCAGAAUCUGUAGGGAUGUUAGAAAAUCUUACCAUGUUACGGUUGGACAGAUGUAAACAGUUCCGCAAGCUUCCAGCAUCAAUAGGACAGUUAAAAUCCUUGCACCGAUUGUACAUGGUGGAAACUGCAGUGACAGAACUACCUGGAAGCUUCGGAAUGCUUUCCAGUUUGAUGGUUUUGAGAAUGGGGAAGAAGCAUCAAAUUGGGAGACAUACAGAAGAGGAGUUUAUACUUCCAGCUUCCUUCUCAAAUUUGUCCCUGCUGUAUGAACUGGAUGCUCGUGCUUGUAAUAUAUCUGGUGAAAUUUCUGAUGAUUUUGAGAGGUUAUCAUCGCUUGAAACUUUGAAUCUCAGCCGUAAUAGUUUCUGCCGCCUUCCAGCCAGCCUGAGUGGCAUGUCCAUGCUCCAAGAGCUUUUAUUGUCUCAUUGUUGACAGCUCAAGUCU